AUGAAGGAACGAGAGUACGAUGGUGCUCACCCAAUCUUCACGCCGGUGCUGGCCCCUGAAAUCACGUCGACCUCGCAAGCCGCCCUUGUCCAGUGGCGCAAGGAACGGAAGGUCUAUGAAGACAUCAUGAGAGAGCACUGCCAGACCUCGGGAGAGGACUACGCUGCGGUGACGAGAUCCGUGAAGGAUUCUUUCGAGCGGAAGCUGCUAGAGACAUGGUGUCGGCUCCGG